AUGGCCCCUGCACGGUACAGGGGCACCACCUUCUCCUUCUUCAACGGCAUCCUGAUCGGCAAUGGGCGUACACAGACCGUCUUUGGAGGUGCCGUCAACUAUGAACGCCUCAUCCUCAGCGAAGAAUCAUGUUGGACUGGUGGACCUCACGAGUAUUCUUCGUAUUGGGGUGGGAAUGUGCCCAAGGACCAGGCGGGUCCGAAACAGGAAGCCUUGGCGAGGGUACAGCAGGCACUGGCCGAGAAACGGAUAUUGAAGCCGAGUGUACCGUUUUUGAAGGAUGUUAUGGGGGAUGAGGAGGGGUUUGGAAGGCAGGUUGGGGUUGUUGGGGAGAUUGUGGUGGAGGAGGUGGAUUUGAGGGAGUCUGUGUGGGGGUAUCGAAGGGAAGUGGAUCUAGAGAGGGGGAUUGCAAGGGUGCAGUAUUCUGUUGGCAAGACCCUUUACUCAAGGGAGCAGUUUUGCAGUUAUCCGGAUGCAGUCUGCAUCCUUCGAAUCCAAUCCCCAACACCCAGGUCAAUCAACAUCAGGGUCUCGCUCUCAACUCCGCACAGCACCACAACCGCAGAGUACACAAACAUCCACAACCGACUCGGUUUCAAAUCACAUCUGGACUCCAAUAACCUCACCAUCGAAGCCCAGGUGGCCGUCACAACAGAGGGCGCCACAGGGAUCUCGCUUGCAACCAGUCCACAACAGAUUGUUCUCUUGGGAUUCGACGCUGUUACGCUUUAUUAUACUUUUGGAACCGGAUGGACUGCGAGUGCGUUUCCAGAGUUUACCAAUCUGGAUCCGCAUGAGCGGUUGGUAGGUGUGCUGGAUAAGGCUGUUAUAGGGUGGUAUGGCGAUUUGGUGGCCAAGCAUUUGAGUGAUUAUGGAGAGUUAUUUUCCAGGUUCAGAGUGGAGUUUGGGGACGCUAGCCAGGACCAAGGAACUGUCAGGAACACUCUAACGACGGACCAGUUGGUGGCCAGGAGUGCGAGGGGAACUUUGCCAGCGGAUGAGGAGACGUAUUUGGAGACGUUGUUAGUACAGUACAGUCGGUACCUGUUGAUUGCCUCGUCCAGACCAGGCUCGUUGCCUGUGACAGGAAACGGAAUUUGGGCCUCGAAUGACAACAUCCAUGCCUCUAUCUCGUCGAAAUUUGGGAUGAAUGUCGAGUUGCAGAUGCAGUACUGGAUGGCCGAGACGACCGACCUGGGCGAGACCGUCACCCCUCUGAUCGAUUACAUGGAACAGCUCCUUCAACCACGCGGCCAGGACACUGCUUCGCUUUUCUACAAGGCCCGUGGAUGGACCACUCACCCCUUCUCCAACAUCUGGGCACAUACUGGACCUCUGUCGGAUACAUCUGCGAAGAAUACGUUCUAUUUCCCAGCGGCGGCGGCAUGGCUGUGUCAACAUCUCUGGGAUCGGUAUGUUUAUUCGCAGGACGACAAGUUUCUGAAGGAUCGGGCGUACAAGCUGAUGAAGGGGGCGUCGUUGUUCUGGAUGGAUACUCUUGUCAAGGAUCGUGGGAAUGGGUCGCUUUUGUCGUCCCCCUCGCAGUCACCGGGACAUGGACCCUUUACGGAGGGGUCGGCGCUGGAUCAGCAGUUGGUGUUUCAACUUUGGAACAGGACUUUGGAGGCGGCAAUAUCGGUGGUGAAUGAGAAGGAUAAGGCGUUUGUGCAGGAGUUGACGGGGAAAUUGGCGAAUCUUUCGAGUGGGUUGAAAGUGGGGUCGUGGGGCCAGUUGCAGGAGUGGCAUUUGGAUCUAGAUGAACCUGGGGAGAGGAUUGCGCAUUUGGGGCCGCUUUAUGCUGUCUAUCCUGGUGAUCAGAUCUACCAGCAGGAGCAGCAGCAAGGUCCGGGGAUGCAGGCAGAUGGAGAGGAGGAGCCAACGAUGCAGGAGCUGGUGGAGGCUGCAAAAGUAUCUCUCAGGAGCCGUGGUGCAGGAUCCUUAUCUGAUGACGGCAACGGAUAUGAACAAGGGUGGUCAAGAACCUGGCGAGCCGUGACGUGGGCCCGCGUCAACGACGGUCACCAAGCCUACCAAGCACUCUACACAUUCAAGCGCCAGAACCUCGUCUCUCCAAACUUAGUCCCUCUCUCCCUUUCUGACCUCUCGGGCCAUGUUGGGUUUGGCGCCGCCGUGAUCGAGAUGAUCGUCCAGUCACCCCGUUCGGGAGACGUGAAUGUCUUGACCUGUUUUGAGGGCCUCCCUGAGCGAUGGGCGAAGCAAGGGAGAGUUAAUGGGUACCGGACGAGGGAUGGGCAUGUCGUUGGCGUGGAGUGGAAAGAUCGACGGGUGGAAAGUGUGGAGGUGUAUGCGGCGCUCAGGAAGGGACUUGUGAAUCUGAGAGUGGCGACUUUAAUGGCUGAUGGUAAGGGGGUGGAGGCUAUUACGGUGGUGAUGAAGGGGUCGAAGAAGCCGGUGCCGUUUGUGAAAGAUGGAGACAUUUUGAGAUUUACGGUGAACAAGGGGUCGACAUACCUUGUUUCUGUUGAUCAGGUCGAGCAAUGA